ACAGCACAAAGAAGAAAACUGGAAAAACGUUAAAUUUGCCUACCUUAAUGUUAAACAAUAAACUAAGGUUUUUUUUGGAAUUGUAAAAGCCACUGAUUAAUUGAGCAAUAUAAUUUACUUGCUGAAAUAUAACAGCGUUCAUCAACUUAUAUCUGAACACACCCCCUAAUAAACUGAUUGGACAAUUUGAGUGCAAAUAAUUCACACAAGUACAAAGUAAUCAAUGAGUAACUAUCGCCAUCACAGCGGGUAUUGUGGUAUAGAAGUAAGAGAUAUGCAUCCAAGAAUUCAUAAUUUUACGUACGUUAGCUCUUGCGUAAAGUAUAUGAUAUUUAUGUUAAACUCCAUAUUCUGGCUUUUUGGUGGACUCCUGCUUGGCAUUGGUAUGUACGCAUUCAUGGACAAAUGGCAUUCAACGGGCUGGGUACGUUUAGAAACUUUCUAUGAUGUUAUAUUAAAUAUAUCGCUUGUAAUGGUUAUUGCUGGAGUAGUUGUUUUUGUUGUGAGCUUCGCUGGCUGUUUGGGUGCUCUACGUGAAAAUACUUGUCUACUGAAAUUUUAUUCUAUGUGUCUUUUAUUGUUUUUCCUACUUGAAAUGGCAAUUGCAAUUAUGGGUUUUGUAUUUCCUCAAAAUAUGAAUUCAUUCUUGGAAGACAAAUUUACUGAUAAAAUAAUACAUUCUUACCGUGAUGAUUCAGAUUUACAAAAUCUAAUCGAUUUUGCACAGCAAGAGUUUAAAUGUUGUGGUUCCGAGUAG